AUGGCGAAUAGAAGGCGUCUCGGCAGUGGCUUUGCACGAAAUUUAGACGUUGUUCUCUUGGGAAACGAUUUUUGUUCGCUUGACGACGAGGACACUUCGCAAUAUAUCUCAGAGCCAGAGGAAGACAGCGACUGUUUCACCCAUAGUGAGAAAACAUCAACUUCAUCCAGCAACGACGAAUCAGACGGAGAGGGAGCCAGUCGGUGGAAAAAAUGGUUAAAAAGAAAUCCCAAGAAAAGAAAACGACAAAAGGAUGUCGAGGCGGUGGAAUUGGGAGAAAUUGGGCUGGCAGAAGUGCAAUCCACAAUGAAUGAAACCCUUGGUUCAUUACGAGGUCAAAAGGACAGUAAGAGCAAUGGCGCUGAGAACGUCAGCUUGUCGGGCGUUGCUGAGGGACAGGGGGCUAACCAGUUAUCAAACGAAGACACUGCUUCAAAGGAUUUCGAUGAUAUAGACUUUAUAGACACUGACUCUCCUGAGCCGAGAGCCAGUGGACACAUGUCUCCCUCAAAAAUGCCCUAUGUCCCCAGUUUUGACAUAGGGGAUUCUUAUCCCAAAAACACUAACCCCUCAAAUUUCUCUAUGCAGUCCUCGGGACAUGACGACUCCAGUGCCCCUCUUCUGUCACAAUCUACCAGAGAGAGUCCCAGCAGAAGUAAAGACCACGAACGGGGAGACGUAGAUGGUGUGCCACAGGCUUCCUCCCCUCAAAAUGACACAGCGGAAGUUGCCAACGGAACCCCACCGACCUCGAUUUCAAAACAUUCUCCUCCUCCUCCUGCUCCUUCCCAUGUCACUCCUCUACCACCACCACCACCACCGCCACUACCUAACAAAGACCGGUCACAGACUUCAAACAACCAGACUGCCACGUCAAAACCCUCAGACCAGUCCUUGGCGGAAGAGCCCCAUGCGCUUGUUGAGAACGUAGACGAGGGGGACUAUGCCUCCCCCACUGGUGCCGCCCCCCACAGUAGGUUACCCACGGAUAUCACCUCCACUCUAGGAGAUGGGGGGACCUACGGCAAUAUAGAACCCGUAUAUCACUACGCCAGAGUGACGAGAACAAACCGAAAGAAAAGUAAAUUUGCCAUUUGCUGUGACUGCGGUUCGUCCUCAAGUUCUGAAGAUGAAGGACCGCAGCACCCUCCUGCACAGCCCAUUGGAAGCAAACUACUGGGGCCAAUGCUCAACACAGACAUUCUGAAGAGGGCAAUAGACAACGGGACGAACCUGGAUGAGAUCAAGCGAGCACUAAAGCAAUGGUUGCCGUUAUCAGAGGGUGAUAACUAUAAUCCAAUGCUACAGGCGGCGAUGAAGAACGACAUCAAGGUCUGCAAACUACUGAAAGACGAGGCGCAGUUGAAAAUCGCUGUCCCUCACGAUUAUUUCUGCGACUGUUUUCUCGACCGAAGCGACACGCUGAAUCACGCGCUUUAUCGUGUGAACGCGUAUAGAGCUAUGACGUCAUCGGCCUACCUUCUCACGAGGAAAGAUCCUGUUAAGAGCGCUCUGCAGCUGAGACAAAAACUAUUCACCAUGGCGAGACAGGAUAAAGAGUUCAAGUCAGAAUAUCUUGAACUGACCCAGAAAUGCGAAACAUUUGCCUGGGAGAUGUUGGACCUGGUCCGAGGGCGAGAUGAGCUGUCCUUGCUCCUGGAUAAAUCAGCCAAUGGUUGUUCAGAAUUAGGGCGAGUGCGGAGAGUUAUGGAUGAAGGAGUCAAGAAGUUUGUAGCACACCCAUACGUCCAGAGGCACUUAAACAUGGUGUUUUAUGGAGCCAACCCGAAUCUCAGGCGUCGAUUGCUGACCACAAACAAAUUUCUGAAGUCGAUCUUCAUCGUGCUGGCGCUGCCAGUUUGGAUUUUGUUGUUCCUGACUUAUAUUCUGUUCGGAGCCUUUGAAACAUUGGAAAAGAAGAGUAAAUUCAUCAAGUGGAACAACACGUUCUUGAGGACUCCUUGUAUCAAAUUUUACACUCACAGCUUAUCCUAUUUCACGUUUCUUCUGAUCCUGACGAUGUAUUUUUUACCUGAUGAUAAAGCAAACGUCGCUCAUGCUACAGAUUUCCGAUGGUCCGAGUAUGCGAUAUUUAUCUACGUGAUAGGUUAUUUUUGGGCUGAGAUGAAGCAGUUGCGUCAACAAGGGACGCGUUACUUCCACAGCGCCUUCAACAUUCUGGAUAUGCUCUUGAUUAUAUUUUAUUUUGCCUCGUUUGUCAGUCGUAUAGUUUCGAUUGUCAAGACAAGACAAGCCGCAUUGGGAGUUAACCAAAAUACAACAGAAGCGUACGCAUAUUAUUACAAGAAAGGUCGGUUCGAAUGGGAGCCAGAUGAUCCAGAAAUAAUUUCAGAUGCCCUGUUUGCGUUGGCGAACAUCAUUAGUUUCUCUAGACUGGUGUACAUUUUACCUACUUUUGAGUCUGUCGGCCCACUUCUAGUUGUUUUGGGCAAGAUGAUCACAGAUGUCUUUCGCUUUGCUGCAUUGCUGCUAAUUGUGUUCAUAGCCUUCACGGUUGGACUGCACAACCAUUACCACUUCUAUGCGGGCCAAACACUCCCAGAUGGGUCUAAGACUAAUUCUGCAUUCCACGGAUUCUUCAACACAUUUCGCACUCUAAUGUGGUCCAUCUUUGGCCUGGGAGACUCGAGUUCCGUAGAAAUCCACAUGAAGCACGAAUUUGUGGAGAUUGUUGGGUUCAUCAUGGUGGCUAUAUUCCAUAUUGUCAUCGUUAUUAUGUUGAUCAAUAUGCUCAUUGCUAUGAUGACAAUCUCUUUUGAAGUAAUAAAUAACGAUGCAGACAUCGAAUGGAAGGCUGCUAGGACAAGGCUAUGGUUAGAGUAUAUAGGGGAAGGAUCUACUCUCCCCAUCCCCUUUAACUUAAUCCCCAGCCCCAAAUGGUUGUUUUAUCUUCUCACCUGCAAGAAAUGCAAGGGACCCAGUAGAAAGAAAAUUGAAGAGAAGGACAGAAAACAGCGCACAUUUGACAAGAAAUAUCGAGACAUCAUGAAAAACCUGAAAGGAAGGUAUAGAAAGAAAGCUGAAGAGGAACAGAAAAAAGAUGUCGUGAUAUCCACCCAGACGGCGAAGCCUACAGUCAAUGGAACAGCAGGAUGAUGAAAACAGCUAUCGGAACGACGGGAUGAUGAAGACAUUAGCUAAUGGAACAGCGGGAUGAUGAAGACAUUAGCUAAUGGAACGGCGGGAUGAUGAAGACAUUAGCUAAUGGAACGGCGGGAUGAUGAAGACCUGCCAUUAGGUUUUGCAGUCUUGAUAAUUAGCAAAUUGUACUUACAUUUAGAUAAUUGGUUUUAAGAAGUGCGUUUAUAUUAUUUGGACAUUAUGAUACAGAUUGGUUUACGUACAAGACACUGCAUUCUUUAUUUUAAUUGCUCUUUAUAUUAUCGUCAAUAUAACACGUACCUUUCUAAUUUGAGGUGAGAAAGCAAUCGGUAUGGUGCGUAAAACUUCAUCCCUGAACGAGACUUUAUCAAGGGAAUUGGCAAAGUUGUCCACAAGAGAAUAGGCUUCAUUUUGUUUAAAUGUUUUUGUUAUGAAGUUAUGAGUUCAUAAUUACUUAUUUUCAUUAAACAAAGGCACUAUUACUGUUUUUGCUUUGUCAACAAUAAAAUCUGAACUAAGGCUUUCAAGAAAAAAAGGGCGUUGAAACGGUGUUUGUGGGUGCACAUGCAGGUAAAGAGGAUAUUUGAGAAACCGAUUCCUUUCAAUUUACCCCGAAUUUGCACUUGUGACGUCACCAUAAGAUAAUAUAGAUGAUACAGUAACUGAUAACUGAAUAUUUUUUGCUAAUACAGAAGAAUGUAGGGUAGUAAAUAGCUUUUUGGCAAAUGGUAACAGUAUCCUGAAUACUUUCAGUGUUCAAACGUAAUCAAGGUAAAAACAUUAGAAAAUGUAUGGUUUUCGCAUAAAGACAUCUCGACGGAAAGUCAAACACUGGAAAACAUUAAUCAUUAUAAUGGCGUUAUGUAUAUGAAGUGAAUAUAGGUAUGUUUACCUUGGAAAUAAUACUUAUA